AGCGGCCGAGAGGGCUGGGCUCGACCGUCAGCUGUGCGGGGAUCCGAAUGUCGGCGCGUCAGCGCGCUGCCGCCAAGCUCAUGCUGCGGCCCCACACCACCAUCACCGAUAGUUGAUGAUGAUCACGCCGCCCUACCCCCCGGCACUUACCCCGAGCAAAGCAGCUUCAAAUUGUUGUGAUGUCUUGGCACAAUUCAGCGAACAAUGAAAACAUUGAAUUGCUCAGAGCUUCUGGAAAAAGGUUAUACACCAACACCAUCGGAAGCAUACGCAGUGCUGGGCAACUGGGCGUUGUUCCUGGCGGCUGUGGAAAGUCUGAUGGUGGUGACGACAGUGGCAGUGUUUGUUCACGAAUGCCACUACCUCAGUGCCUGCUGGCCCCGCAGGACACUACUCUACAGCUCCCUGGCUCUUGCUGUGUUUCCUGUAACUUCGGUCUGUGCCUUAGUGGCCACCGUGUUCCCACGGGUUCACGAUGCCACUUCUUCUAUUAUCAUGCUGUAUCUUCCAUUUUCGCUGGUGAUGUACUUUGAGCUGAUCAGCUGCUAUGCGGGGGGCUCGGAGCAGCUUGUCCAGCGGCUCAUUAAUGAGCAGAUGCCACUGCGGGGUCCCCCCAUCUGCUGCGUGCUGUGGUGCUGCCCGACACCUUCCUUCUCCAAGCGAAGGUAUGCUGUCCUGCGGGUGGUUGUCUACCAGCUGUUCUUCAUCCCCCUGAUUCUGGUCACCAUCAUCUUUGUAUGCACGCUCACAGGCAUCCACGAAGGGGAUAAGAUGGAGGCGACCAAUGCGUCCCCCUACCUGAUGCUCCUCCAGGCGGGCUCCUUCCUUCUGGGAACGUACGGCUUCGUCAUCUUUGUAAAGCUCGCCUCACGGCCCCUGCCGCCACAGCUGCUGCUGCGGCGCAAGUUCACUGUGCUGCAUCUGCACUUCACCCUCACCCGGCUGCAGCUGGUCGCGUUCAAGGCGGCCGGACUGACGGGCCACCUGCCCUGUGUGCCACCUCUGGCCUCCAUGGUCACGGGAGUCUACCUGAGCAGUGCCAUGCUAAUGGGCCAAGGGUUCAUGGUGUCCACCGUGUCCCGCUACUUCUUCCUGCAUCCGCAGCCCAACUCGACUCUGCCGCUGCACUCACCGGCGCCGACGGCAGCACACGUCAACAGCCAUCAGAGAUCGUCCACUGUCUCCCUGCCUCGCCCGCAGGCCAAUGCGCACCAGGCCAGUGCACAGCAGGCCAGCAGCCGAUACCUGGCUGCGUUCACCUACUGACUGUGAAGGCUGGAUUCUAACCGAUGCAU